AUGGCCGUGAUUUUUUCCAACAGUUCUCAUCUCUUCCCACAUACAUUUUUCUUGGUUGGCAUCCCAGGACUGACUGCUGCCCACAUUUGGAUCUCACUUCCUUUCUGUUUCAUGUUUCUCUUGGCACUGACUGGAAAUGGCAUCCUGCUUUUUCUCAUCUGUACAGAGCACAGUCUUCACCAGCCCAUGUUUUUCUUUCUUGCCAUGCUCUCUUUUGUUGACCUGGUCCUCUCCCUUUCCACUCUGCCCAAGAUGUUGGCCAUAUUCUGGUUUGGUGCUACAGCCAUCAGCUUCUACUCCUGCCUUUCCCAGAUGUUUGUUAUCCACGCAUUCUCUGCCAUGGAGUCAGGGGUGCUCGUGGCCAUGGCUUUGGACCGCUUCGUGGCUAUCUGUAAUCCUCUGCAUUAUGCAAACAUCCUGACCCCAGUUGUUGUCACCAAGAUUGGAGGUCUGGUGCUGCUGCGAGGUGUGGUGUUGACCAUCUUCUUUCCUAGCUUGGCUCGUCGACUGCCCUACUGUAGCUCACACACGAUCGCGUACACCUACUGUGAACAUAUGGCACUGGUAAAGCUGGCCUGUGGGGCCACCACUGUGGACAACCUCUAUGCUUUUACUGUGGCAGUCUUCCUUGGUGUGGGGGAUAUGGCUUUUAUUGCCUACUCCUAUGGACAGAUUGUGAGAACUGUGAUGCGUAUUCCUUCACCUGAGGCGCGAGCAAAAGCUGGCAGCACAUGCACAGCCCACGUCUGUGUCAUCUUCUUCUUCUAUGGACCUGGCUUUCUCUCUGUGGUCAUGCAGCGCUUUGGGCCACCCACAGCCUCUGCUACCAAGGUCAUCCUUGCUAAUCUUUACUUGCUGUUUCCUCCUGCAUUGGAUCCCGUUGUCUAUGGGGUCAAGACCAAGCAGAUCCGGGAGCGACUGUUCACAAUUCUAAGCCCCAAACAGAUUGAUCUCAUUUGA